UAGAAAGUGAAAAACAAAAUUUGUCUUUUUAACUGCACAGAGUUAAAAUUGAAGCAGAAGAUUUGGAUUUUGUAUUGGUAAUGAUAAUUGAUAAUUGAUAAUUGAUAGAUAGGUAAUUCCUGGAAGCAGCACAAGGCUCAAUGAGGUCAAAGAAGCGGGACAGCUGGAUGACGUAGUCCCCUCACCCUGUCCAACUCCAGAGCCUAGCUUUCACGGGACGGGGCUAAGCCUUCCUUCCGCUUCCUUCCUUCUACUGGAAGGCUCGGGAUUCGGGAGUCCAGAGAAGAACAAGAUUAACGGGGGAUGCCCGUGCAUCGUGGGACAAGAGAGAUGAAUAUGUAAAAAAGACUAUACAUACCCUGUUACCUAGGCUGUUUCCUACUGCCAUCCGCCAUGGCUGAUGUGGGCUUUUCCGAGACCAAGUGUGAAGGCUUUUUGGUCCGAGUAUGGUUGUUGGAGAGUUAGUGAGGGAGAAAUGGGUUAUGUGGGCUUUACCAGUGCAUGAUGCCCUGUGGCGCCAUUGUUGCACCUCAUUUGGGCAUGCCUCUUCUGUCUACUGCAAUCUAUAGUUAUCCGCUUCUGUCCCUCGCAUUGCUCAGUGGGUCUGUUGCUUUCUGUUGUUUCAAUUACAAGCCAUGGUUUGGUGAGAUUCAGAUAAGGGGAGAGUGAUGUUUGAGCAGGCUCUGUUUCGGGGAGGGGCAGGGGCAGGGGCAGGGGCAGAGACAGGGGCGGGGAUGAGUAAAGAGGAGGAGUAUGAGCAGUUUAGCAGAUCUGGCAGUGACAAUGUGGAGGGAGGGUCUUGUGACGAUGCGGACGCCGACGCCGACGCCGAGGUCGACAAUUCCCAUCGCAAGAAACGAUAUCACAGACAUACCCCUGAGCAGAUCCAGGAGUUGGAGGCGCUUUUCAAAGAGUACCCACAUCCUGAUGAGAAGCAAAGGUUGCAACUAAGCAAGCGGUUGAAUCUUGAAACCCGUCAAGUCAAGUUCUGGUUCCAGAACCGUCGUACUCAAAUGAAAACUCAACUUGAGAGACACGAAAAUUCAAUCCUAAGGCACGAAAACGAGAAGCUUCGGGUGGAGAAUGUGUCGAUUAGAGAUGGCAUAAGAAAUCCAAUGUGCGCAAUCUGUGGAGGGCCUGCUGUUCUCGGGGAGAUGUCCAUGGAAGAGCAGCAGCUCCGCAUAGAGAAUGCGCGCUUGAAACACGAGCUGGAGCAAGUUUGUGCACUUGCUGAGAAAUGUUUUGGUAGACUGAUUCAACCCGAUCCAACGAUGCCCAAAUCAUGUCUAGACCUUGGGGCCACGCGCAAGCCAAUGCCAGGUGUUACAGAAGAGCUGUUGCAGAUGCAGAUGGAGGGGCUUGUACCUCCUCCUGUUCCAGCUCCAGCUCCUAGUCCUAUUGUUGUAAACCGCUUAAGGGAGAGAACGAUGCUGGCAGAGCUGGCAUUGGCAUCCAUGGAUGAGUUAGUGAAAAUGGCGCAAACAGAUGAACCGCUGUGGAUUCCAAGUCUAGAUGCUGCCUCUAUGAAAACCCUAGACUACCAACAAUACAUGCGCCACUUCCCUUGUGCAAUUACAUCCAAAUCCUUAGGGCUCGCUGGCGAAGCCACCAAAGAAACUGCCAUGGUCAUCAUCAAUAGCUCCAAUCUUGUAGAAACACUCAUGGAUGUGAAUCGGUGGAAGGAAAUGUUCUCAUGUAUAGUCUCCAAGGCAGCCACGGUAGAAAUAAUAUCCAGCGGCAUGGGUGGAACAAGGAAUGGUGCAUUGCAGCUGAUAUGUGCACAACUGCGAGUACUUUCACCACUGGUGCCUGCUCGGAAGGUUUACUUUCUUAGAUUUUGCAAGCAGCACGCUGAAGGUGUGUGGGCAGUGGCGGAUGUUUCGGUUGAGAAGGAGAAUGAGAAUGGAAGUCCAAAGUACAGGAGGCUGCCUUCUGGUUGUGUGGUUGAGGAUAUGAUGAAUGGGUAUUCCAGGGUGACAUGGGUGGAGCACACCGAGUAUGAUGAUCGUGAAGUGCACAGACUUUUUCGCGGUCUGCUAAACAGUGGAGCGGCCUUUGGAGCACGACGCUGGGUCGAAACUCUGCGACGCCACUGCGAAUUCUCUGCUGUUCUUGCCACAAUGAACAUGGAUCCUAUUGGGACAGCCACAGCCAUGACCGUUCCAACUCCAAAUGGGCGUCGGAGCAUGUUAAAACUGGCACAUCGGAUGCUAGAGAAUUUCUGCACAGGAGUGAGCGCGUCGACAGACGAAAGGUGGCAUAAAGUGUCAGAGUGGACCAACAUGGAGAUGGAGGAGGAUGUCCGCGUGAUGACACGAAAAACUGUUGAUCGACCUGGAGAGCCGCCGGGCGUGGUGCUCACUGCAGCGACGUCAGUUUGGCUUCCAUUUUCCUCCCACAAACUGUUUGAUUUCUUACGGGAUGACAGACUUAGAAGCCAGUGGGAUAUACUGUCAAAUGGAGGUCCAAUGCAAGAAAUGGCGCACAUUCCCAAGGGACAUGAUCCUGCCAACUGUGUCUCUCUGCUCAGAGCAAGCGCAAUGAAUGCAAACCAAAGCAGCAUGUUGAUAUUGCAAGAGACUUGUACAGAUGCGUCAGGAUCACUUGUAGUUUAUGCUCCAGUGGAUAUUCCAGCCAUGCAUGCUGUUAUGAGUGGGGGCGAUUCAGAUUAUGUUGUGCUUCUCCCUUCUGGCUUUGUUAUUCUUCCCAAUGGACCACAGUCAAAAUGCAGGAGGUCUAUGAAUGAAGUAGGAGGUUCGCUCUUAACAGUUGCAUUCCAAAUACUAGUUAACGAUUUGCCAACAGCCAAACUUACUGUGGAGUCAGUUGAGACUGUGAAUCAUCUCAUAUCCUGCACAAUUCACAAAAUCAAGGCUGCUUUGCAUUGUGAGGAUCCAUAACAAUAGCAAUCUUUGUCGAGUUGACAUGAGGUUUUCACAUUCCAUAAGAAAUAGCAAGAUGGCUCUGGGAGUCAAUUGGGAGUCAAUUGUCUGAGCUUUGUUAACAUCAACAUUUCGGAUCACAUUCCGUAAUGGCCAUGUUAAUUGUUACCUUUUGGAUCACACAUUGUUUUUUUUGGGACCAAGGAGAUUGGGUUUUGGGGUUGGCUGUGAUGAGGGAAAUUCAACCUUACGUUAAAUUGUUGAAUGUUGACUAUCCCCCAGGAAUGAGUCAAGAACGCACCACCAAUAUCCUUGCCUAGUGGUAAACAAUGCAAUCUCAAAAAUGGUUUUGAUAGAGCAAAUAGCUUUACUACUGUGCAAGGGUAGUGGUUCGGGUAUUGACUCUGCCAAGAACUUGCUGUACAACAGAAUCCCUCCUUUUCAACUAAAAUAGAAAUGUUCCGUUUAUAUUCUAUAGUUAUAGGACAGCAAUCAUGUUAUUUAUAGGACAGCAAUCAUGUUAUUUAUCUAUUUAUAAAACAUCAAUGCUGUUUAUUGGCAUUAUUUACUUCUCUAAGAAGCAUAAAUUUCCUUUCUAGUGCUGUAUUAGAAACUUAAAA